AUGCAUCGUCUUUUUGCUGAGCUGGAGCCAUCUUUAACCGUCACAGAGCAAAACCUGGCAGACCGAGUUCGGUAUAUCUUGCGCUCAAUCAUAUUUGAUGUCGCCGAACUCGAACGGCUACGACGUGAGGCUGUUCCCUCGUCGGAUGAGAAUGCUACGGCUGAUCGCCCAGGAACUGGAAUUAGAGCAUAUGAGGAGUACAUUGGAAGAGGCGAUUGUGGAAACGCGCAGUACGCCUCUCGAAAAUCGACCGCGACUUCCCCGCAUAGCCCUAAGCAAGCGGAAUCGGGCUGUCGUGAGGGCUCUGAACCCAAUGCUGGUGACCUAUUUGGAAGCCAGCCGGGACCUUGCGAGACGGACUCAAUUCUUUUUGGCGCCGCGCUGGCAGUCUGCCGUAUCAUAGGCGCCAAGGUUUCCACGGCUGGACGCGCUACUGGCCAUAGUAGCGCUAUCCCUGCAUGGAGAAGAAGAAUUGAGGAACGUAUCGCAAAGGCUAGAGCUCUCAUCGGCAGACUGAUAUGCUUCAGAUCAGGCAACAACAGGCCAAGAAUUGUGCGCACCGUCAGGAUGGCGUUUGCUGGGACAAAUGUCAGUUUGUCCCAGCCGGAUAUAACGCAAAAACUGACGGAGCGCAUAGAUGAUCUGAAGCAGAGAAUCGCUGCUUGGGGAAAGCGGAUUCGGCGAUAUACCGAGAGGUCGACACGGUUCAACCAGAAUCGUCUCUUCCAGAGUGAUCAGAAGAGGCUCUAUGAAUCAUUGGAGCGACCAAUGGUAAGUGGAACGGGUCCAGCACCGAAUCAGGCCGACACUGUAGCAUUCUGGCGCGGCCUGUGGUCAGAGCCCGUAAACCACAGCGAGGGCCCUUGGACGGAAGUUGUGGCGGGUCAGUGUGCGUGUAUUACGCCCAUGGACCCCGUCAUCAUAACGCCGGAUGACGUAGCUGAGGCGGUCCGUAGGGCCCCGAACUGGAAAAGUCCGGGGCUUGACGGGCUGCAUCACUACUGGCUGAAGGGGUUCAUGGCUGGGGAUACACGUGCCAGCUACUUUCAUGUGUAUACGCUAACUGGCAUGCCUGUAACUAGCAUACAAGUAGCUAGCACGACAUUUGAUUUACUUGCAUGCCCGUUGAGGGAGGGGAUGCGGGGGGUUGCCAAACUGACACGUGUGAACAGACGCGACAGCUACGGGCAUGUCAGUAGCUGA